AUCAUCUUCGAAAUAUCUCUCCGGCUCUGAAGACAACCAAAACUUCAACCCUCAACCACACGCGAUCGAGACCACCGCCAAAAUGAAUCCGCAAAUCACCAACCUCAUCAUCAUCCUCGUGAUGAUGCAAGCGAGCAAGAAAAUUCCCUUCGAUGACCCCAACGUCCUGAACGGCGUGCGCGCCCUCUACGUCGUCAGCAACGUCCUCAUUCUCGGAGUCUACCUCUACGUCAAGAUGCAAAUCGAUAAGAAGAGAGACAUGACCGUCCUCAAAUACGUCGAACCCGCACCCAUGGGCAGCACCGAAGACCCGAAAGCCGUAACCACAACCGUCCACGCCUACGACCAACAACAACUCAAAGGCCUCUUCAAAUCGCAACUGAUGGGCGUCGGAAUGAUGGCCGUCAUGCAUUUGUACUUCAAAUACACAAACCCACUCCUCAUCCAAUCCAUCAUCCCGCUAAAGGGAGCUUUUGAAGGGAAUUUGGUAAAAGUGCAUUUGUUUGGUCAGCCUGCUACAGGGGAUUUGAAGAGGCCUUGGAAGGCGAAUGCGGGUAUGGCGGGCAUGUUGGGACAGGGGGCUGGCGAGAUUAAGACGGAUAAGAAGAGUAUUGAGGCGGCGGAGAAGGCGGGGAGGGGGGGUGUUAAGGAGGAGUAGGAUUUUGGAGGUUCUGUGAGGGAGGGCAGGUGCGGUUUGGUGCGGGGGUGGGAGGUGCUAUUGGGAGUAUCAUGCGAGUAUAGAAUUGGACUGGACUAUAUUGCAUACGAUGAGUGUAUAGAAUCCGUGCUCGUAUUGCAAUUCUCCGAUGGCCCG